AUCUUUUCAUAAAGCUACUUAAGUCACUCUAGCUGCUGUUCAAUGCAGCACAAAAAUGGGCUCCAUGCUGCAAUGAAGAGUCUCCAUUAACCCGGGGUAGCAACAGAUGAAGUGGUUGCAGGGCUCAGGCUCAGCUUUCUACGUUCGCCACUAAGCAGGAAGAUGACCUGAAAGUUAGCCUAGCCCACGUGGGACUGGCACUAACCUUCAGCCUUUGCCAGCGUUGGCCUUGGCUGCAGGAGAGCAGAGGCCUUGAAAGCUCCUGAAGUUCCCUUCCUGUCUUCCCCCUGGAAGAAUCCGGGGAUGUUUUCUGAAACCAGACGAGGCCCCCUUGGCCUGAAGAAAGGGUUUUUGUGCUCUUACUCUUCCCUUGAAGGGGGUCCAGGGAGGAAUAUGCCUCCCAGGGAAAGCAGCAAUAGCUUUGUGCGCACAGAGCAACCACCCCGUCUACCCAGGACCCGCCCGAGAGCGGUUGCUACCUGCUGUUCUCGGCUGCGAACGCGACUGCACCAUCCUUCUUGCUCGGCUCCGGAAGGCGCCCCGGAAGCCAUGGAGGCGCUGGUCCUGGCCGGAUACAGCGCGCAGAAAGAGGACGAGCUGAGCCUGGCGCCCGGGGACGUGGUCCGGCAGGUGUGCAAGGGGCCCGCACGGGGCUGGCUGCGUGGAGAGCUUGGGGGCCGUUGUGGCCUCUUCCCCGAGUGCCUGGUGCAGGAGAUCCCUGAGACUUUCCGCGGUUCGGGGGAGGCGCCGAGACCGCGCUGUGCGCGCCGCCGAGGCCCCCAAAGAUGGUGCAGAGUGAACUUCAGCUACAGCCCGGAGCAGGCGGACGAGCUGAAGCUGCAAGCUGGGGAGAUUGUGGAAGUGAUAAAGGAGAUUGAGGACGGCUGGUGGCUGGGGAAGAAGAACGGGCAGCUGGGAGCCUUCCCGUCCAACUUUGUGGAGUUGCUGGACAGUGGACCCCCAAGCCUUGGUAACCCAGACAUGCCUUCAAUCAGCCUUGGUCCCCAGCGGCCUCCCAAGCUGAGCAGCCUGAACUAUGACAGCCCUCCAGACUACCUGCGGACAGUCUCCCACCCUGAGACCUACAGGGUCCUGUUUGACUACCAUCCCGAGGCCCCAGACGAGUUGGCGCUGCGGAGGGGGGACGAGGUGAAAGUACUGAGGAAGACCACAGAGGAUAAGGGCUGGUGGGAAGGAGAGUCUCAAGGCAGAAGAGGACUUUUCCCAGAUAACUUUGUGCUCCCAACACCCCCGAUCAAGAAGCUGGUCGCACGGAAAGUGGCAUCCCGGCAAUCAGCUCCUAUUAAGGAACCCAAAAAGAUGAUGCCCAGAACAGCCCUCCCUACGGUCAAGAAGCUGGUGACAGCCCCGACUGGGCCAAGCAAAGCCAAGCCAUCUUGGACACCCAGCGGAGACAGUCAGAAGCGCCCUUCCCGAAACUCCAGCUCCAGCAGCAGUUUCCUCGGCGGGUGUCCAGGCCAGAGUGGCAGAAAGCGAGCCAAAACCCAGGCUUCACAGCAACGCUCUGCAGCCAGCUGGGGCGAAGAGCGGAGCAGCCUUACAAAGGCCCCUCGUGUGAAUAAAACCCCAACUCUGGACAAGACCCCCAGCCUAGAGAAGACCCCAUCUCCAGAUAAGGCCCCCAGUCCAGAGAAGACCCCAUCUCCGGAUAAGGCCGGCAGCCCAGAGAAGACCUCAUCUCUGGACAAUGCCCGCAGCCCAGAGAAGACCUUGUCUGCAGAUAAGGCCCCCACUCCAGAGGAAUCCCUAACUCCAGAUAAGGUCCCUAUCCUAGAGGAGACCCCAACUCUGGAGGACAAAGCCCCCAGACCAGACAGGGUCUUUUCUGUGCAUGAGGCACCAGUCCCAGAAGUCCCACCUGGUCCAAAGAUGGCCCCUCCUGGGGACGAGGCCCACACCCUAGGAAAGGUCUUGACCACCAAACAGGUGCUCUCUGAAGAGGCCUCCACCCGAGACAACACUCAGUUCCAUCACUUCUCUCCGGAGGAAGCCCUGCUAAACACCAGGUCUCUUGAGGCCAGUGAGGCUCAGUCCCAAAAGGAGGUUCACAUGCCAGGGGAGCACCCCCUCUGCAUGGCGAAACGUCCCCUGGAUAAGAGGGACAGCUCCCCUCUCCAGUCCGAGCCCAAAUCCAAGUCCAAGUCGGGGUCCAUGCCUGCCCUUGAGAAGGCCGCCCCCCGGGAAGAGGCUACCACUCUCCUGGAGGAGGCACCAGCGAAGGAUGAGGCUACCCCCAAAGAGGAGGUGCCCCCCGAAGAGGUGUCCCCUGCUCAGAAGAAUCCACAUCCUAUCAUGCUGACUCCAGAGCCCCAAAUGACUCCCACCCUCCACUCCUUGGUCCCGCAAAAUCUCACAGAUAGCAAAAGUGACAGAGACGACAUGGUGAGGAUAAAGGACGAGGUGGAGGCUUUAAGGAGGUCGCUGGAGCUGAUGGGGGUGCAGCUGGAAAAGAAGCUAACUGACAUCUGGGAGGAGCUGAAGAGCGAGAGGGAGAAGCGCAUGUUGCUGGAGAUGACGCGGAGGACCCAGGAGUCCCGGAACCUGGGCUCCAUCCACGCGCAGACGCAGACGCACUGAGGGUGGGCCCGGGAGGGACUACGGCGGGACCUGGAGCGAAGUCGGGCUCCGGCCACCCACGUCCUUGCACACGAUUUUGGGAAACGCAAGAAAGUAAACUCUGCCAUGUACGCACGCCACGCCUCCCUGGUCGGUGCAGGGCGGGGUCUGCGCGGCGGGGCGGGGCUGGUGUUCUGCGCUCCCGGCCCUCCGCUUUCCUGGCAGUGGCUCCCGGGCACAUCUGGCCAACAUGUGGCUUCCAUUACCGUUCCCAAGGCCUGCGCACGGCUAUUUUUAUCCACCGGAUGGCGAGGGGGGAGGGUGUCUCCUUCGGACGCUAGUCCCCGCGCUGGAGAAAUGGCCGGCAGGAGGGGCCCAGGAGGGGUCGGGCCUCUGCCCGGGGGCCGGAUUCCAGAAUCCAGCUGUGCGCCAGGGGAGGGGCCGGGCGGGCCGGCUCUCCAGCCCGGACCCCUCCCAGUUGCCUCCACUGUCCGCUGUGAGGGACUCACGGGAACGCAGUGACACAAGAACUCCACAGCCCAGCUCAGGCACCCCUGGUUACAUUGGAGCUA